UGUUCGCUGGACGCACUACUACUUGCUCUCGUCCAGUACGAGUCGACUCCCAUCAGAGCGUGAAGAUGGCGGAGGGCGAAUUGAACGUGGACAGCCUCAUCUCUCGCCUUCUAGAAGUGAGGGGAUGUCGCCCCGGCAAGAUCGUGCAGAUGACGGAGGCGGAGGUGCGGGGCCUGUGCAUCAAAUCCCGCGAGAUUUUCCUCAGCCAGCCCAUCUUGCUGGAGCUCGAGGCUCCCCUCAAGAUCUGUGGUGACAUCCACGGCCAGUACACGGACCUGCUGCGUCUUUUCGAGUACGGCGGCUUCCCUCCGGAGGCCAACUACCUGUUCCUCGGCGACUACGUGGACCGUGGCAAGCAGUCGCUGGAGACCAUCUGCCUGCUGCUGGCCUACAAGAUCAAGUACCCGGAGAACUUCUUCCUGCUCAGGGGCAACCACGAGUGCGCCUCCAUCAACCGCAUCUACGGCUUCUACGACGAGUGUAAGCGCCGCUUCAACAUCAAGCUGUGGAAGACCUUCACAGACUGCUUCAACUGCCUGCCCAUCGCUGCCAUCAUCGACGAAAAGAUCUUCUGCUGCCACGGAGGACUUUCGCCUGAUUUGCAGUCCAUGGAGCAGAUUCGCAGGAUUAUGAGGCCAACAGAUGUGCCUGAUACCGGUCUGCUCUGCGACCUGCUUUGGUCGGACCCGGACAAGGAUGUGCAAGGCUGGGGCGAGAACGACCGCGGGGUCUCCUUCACCUUCGGCGCCGACGUGGUCAGCAAGUUCCUCAACCGCCACGACUUGGAUCUCAUCUGCAGGGCCCACCAGGUUGUGGAGGACGGAUACGAGUUCUUUGCCAAACGCCAACUGGUCACACUGUUUUCGGCGCCCAACUACUGCGGGGAGUUUGACAACGCCGGCGGUAUGAUGAGUGUGGAUGAGUCGCUCAUGUGCUCCUUUCAGAUUUUGAAGCCCUCAGAGAAGAAGGCCAAAUAUCAGUAUGGGGGGGUCAAUUCCGGUCGGCCUGUCACUCCUUCCCGCACCACUCAGGCCCCUAAGAAGAGGUGAACGCGCAGCCUUGUAAACCCCCCCGACACACACAGACACACACACACUGAAAUACCGCACACCCUCUGACCCAGCAACAACCGCCCACCCGCCCUCUCAGUCCGCUGCAUAGCACAGCUGCAGUGGAACCUCCAAAGUUGAUGUUCAAAUUUCUUCGUAAAGUUCAUGCAAUAAGAGCUCAAACGUAUUGAUUAAAACAACUCUGAUCAAGUGUUUAUUUACGUUAGCCCGGUUGUAAGUAAUGGAUGUUUGAUAACUCGGCGCUCAUUUUGUGCUAAGCAGACGGACGCUUACCUUGCGUGACAGUAACUUUCAUUUCAUGUCUGGUACCAACACACCAAAUUGAAUCAACUGGAGUCUCUUAUAUGUUCCCCCUUAGGAGGUUCCACUGUGCUAAACUGAUUUAUUUCCACUGACAACUCUUCCCCCAGCCAUCCAUUGACCGCUCUUAACGUGUAAGCGUACAUACGUUUGCUGUGACCAAUCUGUUACGUUACAUUUGUAAUCGUUUGCCUGUUUGUUCAUAUUUUGAUAAUAUUAACACACAUUGUGAGGGGAAUAAAAAUAUUUUUUUAUUUUCUCUUGACACACAAAAAGUCAAAUUGGUGUCAUUUUGCCGAGUGAGCGCCUCCCGAUAUUCCAGCUGAACACGCUUACGUACAUGUGUAUUAAAGUACAUGUAUUUCCAUCGCUAUCGACACGUGACGUCUCCCUGGUUAGUUGCAAAGAAUGUGAAGGGACCGGUAUUUAUGAAAGAUCGAAUUUCCCGCCCUCCUGACAUGAAUUCCACCGUGCCUCUGUUUUCAAAUAUCCCACAGACAACAGUGGAACCUCUAACGUCAACAAACUCUCGUUAAAUUAACUUAAACCUGCAACCAGUGGCACCAUAAAACCUUCAAAUAUAAUACUCGGUCCAAAACAAUCCAAAUAAAACUUAUUGGUUCACAAAAUAUUGCUCCAAAUCAACAUUCAACUUUGGAGGUUCCACUGUAUUUUUCUUUUUGUCAUUUGUCAUAUCAGGAUCGUUUCCUUAGGCAGUCAUAUCAACCUUUUUUUAAAUGGUGAAACAUAAAUUCAUAGAAUUUUUCGAUGAUGGUCAGUAUUUUUACUUGAUUAUUUUGAAUCGAGACGUGCAGCGUGUGUGUGUGUGCGGCAUGUCCUUGCUUUUUCUAUGAUAAGUGCUUAAACCAGCUUGUGGAUUCUUGUCAAAUGUGUCAAAAGAAAACUACUCAAUACUCAAACGAAGUGUACGCCAUGACACAGAACCGCAUCUUUUUGGAGCUUUGUCAAGUGUUGUCCUUCCAUCCUACUCCUCUUCCUCCCAUCUUUUUGGAGUCGGAUGACUGGCAGUGGAAGUGGCCAUAGGCUUGCACCUGACCUGGCAUUGCUAUUGUGAUCGUGACGCCACCUGGUGUUUAGAUGCGGUGUACUACAGUAACGCUCUCCGCCUGCUCUUUGGGGCAUACUUCUUCUCUAUGUGGUUGUUUUUGUUUGUUUUUCCUCUAUUCACACGCUUUUAAUUUAUUUCCUUAUAAUAACAACAUAUGAAAUGACUGCGGUGUUAACCUAGUUUUGCAAUUUGUACAAGUUUGAAAGUCAAUAAAUGGGUUGAAACUCAA